UCCCACGGCGGCCGCUGGGCUGCUCCUUUGUUGUGGCAGUUGUUCUUUUGUAGGAGAUCCGUCGGCUCGCUAGCGUAUCCCUCCGUCCGUCUGUCCGCUCCGCAGCCUGUGUGCUGGUUGCGCUCCGCGCCCGCAGGAUCUGGGUGCUUUGGGUUGCCGAGCCCCAGGCCUGCCUCGCCCCGCGCGCGGUCCCUGGGAGGAGUGUGACAGGCUGCGUGGGGCGCGGCGAUGGGGCGUGCGCGCAGCUUGGGUUGCGGAGCUCCUGCUGAGCUUGCCUGGUCCCGACCUCGGCGAGGCGCAGGACCAGUGUGACCGUGCAGCCGUGAGUGCACGCGCAACCCUGCGGGGCUCCCCUACAGGCCGCUUUCCCUGAGCCCCAGGAGCAGGACCCGCUCUUUGGGCCUGGCCUGGGGCCCAGGAGGUUGCAGAGGUGCCCACGCCUCCGGGGAACGCCGCCAAGACCCGCCAUGGAGACCCCUGCCCGGAAGCCCCAGGAGACAGCUCUGUCCUCGCAGGACCCUGCUCCUCCCAAAGGGAAUCCAGAGAAUAAAUUGGGCCAGGUUUUCCUGGAAGCCAGAUCUGAGGAAUCGGUGACUUUCAAGGAUGUGGCCGUAGACUUCACCCAGGAGGAGUGGGGCCAGCUAGACUCCCCGCAGAGGGCCCUGUACCGAGACGUGAUGCUGGAGAACUACCAGAACCUCCUCGCCCUGGCAGGGCCUCCGGUCUGCAAGCCGGACGUGAUCUCUCAUCUGGAACGAGGCGAAGAGCCAUGGCAGGUGCCCAGGGAAGUCCCCGGAGGGGCUCGUCCAGAAUGGGAGCCCAGGCUGGAGGUGAAGGAGGAGUCGUGUCAGCAGCAGGACCCCUACAAAGAAGAGCCAUCCCAAGAGUCGGUUGUGGAGGGGCCGGCGAGGUCCAGUCUCCACAGCCCCGGUCCAGGCAUCGGGCAGGCCUGGGAGGGCCCCGUGGCUGCUCUGUCUCGAGGCGAGGCUGUGCUCUGGAGGUGCACGCCCGGCAGCUGUGGGGAGGUUCCCACGGAGGAGCGCUGGCAGGGACACGAGGCGUCACAGGAGGCUGUUCCCCUCAGGUGCACCCUCUUGGCCCAGCAGAGCAGAGGAACUCCCGUUCCUGUGGAGGGGUGGCCUCCCGACAGACAUGCAGGGAAUCUGCAGUCCGGCGAGGCUGUAGCCCAGCAGCAGAGAACGUGCGCAGGGAGAAGCGAUUGCGAGUCCAGUGAACAGGGACAGCCUCCCCCCGUGGACCGGCGUCAGGGGGCCGGCCCCGGGGAGGGCCUGUUUGUGUGCGGCCAGUGUGGGAAGGCCUUCCGCCAGAGCUCGUCCCUCGCCCUGCACCAGCGCUGGCACGCCCGGGAGAAGGCCUACCAGUGCAACGCGUGCGGCAAGGCCUUCACCUGGAGGACCAACCUCGUGGAGCACCAGAGGAUCCACACGGGCGAGAAGCCCUUCCUCUGUGGCGAGUGCGGGAAGGCCUUCAGCUGCCACUCGUCCCUGAACGUGCACCACCGCAUCCACACGGGCGAGCGGCCCUACAAGUGCAACGCCUGCGAGAAGGCCUUCAGCUGCAGCUCGCUGCUGAACAUGCACCUCCGGGUCCACACCGGGGAGAAGCCCUACAAGUGCGGCGAGUGCGGGAAGGCCUUCAACCAGCGGACGCACCUGACGCGGCACCACCGGAUCCACACGGGGGAGAAGCCGUACAAGUGUGACGAGUGUGGGAAGGCCUUCACUUGCCACUCGUCCCUUACCGUGCACGAGAAAAUCCACAAUGGAGACAAGCCAUUUAAAUGCAGCGACUGUGCAAAGGCCUUCAACAACCGCUCACGCCUCACCCUCCACCAGAGGAUUCACACCGGAGAGAAGCCCUUUAAGUGCGGCGACUGCGGGAAGGGCUUCAGCUGCCACUCCUACCUGGUCGUGCACCAGCGCAUCCACAGUGGCGAGAAGCCCUUCAAGUGCAACGAGUGCGGGAAGGCCUUCAGCUCCCACUCCUACCUCAUUGUGCACCAGCGGAUCCACACGGGCGAGAAGCCCUUUGACUGCAGCCGGUGCUGGAAGGCCUUCAGCUGCCACUCAUCCCUCAUCGUGCACCAGCGGAUCCACACCGGAGAGAAGCCCUAUAAAUGCAGCCAGUGCGGCAAAGCAUUCAGCCAGAAUCACUGUCUCAUCAAACACCAGAAAAUCCACUCUGGGGAGAAGUCUUUUAAAUGUAAUGAAUGCGGCAAAAUGUUCAGCUGGAGCGCCCACCUCACCGAGCACCAGAGGACGCACAGAGAGGAGAAGCCCUUCACUGUCCAGUUCAACAAGCACUUGCUGGGCACGUACUACGUGCCCAGCAGCCUGCUGGACGCGAGUGGCAUGGGUGUGAGCGGCAUGGACCCCAUAAACUCGCUGGAUGUGGCCGAGCUCCUCUGUGUGGUUCAGCCCUCGGCCAGCAGGAGCUUCCCCUUGGGCGGCAAACCUGGAGAUUAACAUCGUGUGCUUGUCACCCGGCCUCUCCAGUGUGACCGGGGAGAGCACGCGGGUCCGUAGGCAUGUGCUGUAACAGACACCCUCUUAACAAUGGCUGUCCCUCCCCAGGAAGGGACGCACUGCAGGAGAGGAGAGUCGAGGGCCAGCUGAGGACGUGCCGUCGUCCUGUGUCCUUUGACGGGUGUGGAAGUCACCGGCCAGGGGAUAGGUCUGUCCUGCAGGUGAAAAGGUGUGUCAGCCAUUGUGUCCUCAGACAGGUUCCUGGCACAGUCUCCAUCAGGAGUUCCAUGUGGGAGCUGGUAUGGUUAGAAUAAUACGACGAAGUAUUAAAAACCAGCGUUAUGAACAGUGUUCCCUCCAAGCGAACGUUACUGUAUUCCUGGAGGGGAGAGUAACCUUGGCUGAUUGGAGUUCGGGACAGAGCGGGUUUCCUGGACUCACCUCACUUAAGUGGCUCUGCUACACGGUCAUUUGUUAGAGGCGGCCCCGAUGUCACAGAAGCACAGACUGGCGUCAGAGCAGCCAGGUACUGACAUGCAGGCAUCACGCCUGGCCAUCCGGUCCUCGGUGGAAGGUCGUGAGCGCACAGGCAUGGCCUGGCGCGUGCGGGGAGGCGGCGCAGUGUCGGGAGAGGUGUGUCGAGGAGCGUGGCUGCACCCCAAGCUGGGGCUGCCUGGAGGGUCUCCCCACGCACCAGGUAGCUCAGCUCAUCUGUGCCCCCCCCCGCCACCCCCCAGGGCGAAGCGCCUCCACAGAGACCGUCCCUGCUCCCUGCGGGCAGGAAGGUGGCGCUCACCUGGAAUUCUCGUCGUUUCUACUCAGUUCUAAGCAAGUACACGAUGCCUUCUCAGUGAUAAUGCUUUACAUUUGUACAGAGCACUAUAGUUUAUGAAAUGCUUUUUAGUAUACUUUUUAAAUGGAGGCUAAAUAACCACAUUUCAGAAAAUGUGGAAUAAAGGAGAGAAAACAUCCAUAAUGCUUAAUAAAAUAAAACUGCAUUUUGCACUUUGAUAUUUUAUUUCUGCUUUUUUUCAUGUUGCAUUUUUACAUCACUUUAAACACAGUAGAUGAUAUCACUUUAAUCUUUCCCCCACUCAGCUGCAUAGAAGGACUUUCCCCCAGUGACUGCCUUGUCCUUGGAGACUCACCCCACGUGGGGGCGCAGUGCUCUGUCACAUGCCCUUUUGUUGGACGUUGAGGCUGUUUCCUCGUGCUCUACUGGUGUAAUCAUUCUUCACGGCGCAUCUUUGCACUGUACUUCGUCAGCAUUUUCUGGGAGUCGGUUUCUAGAAGUGGAUAUUUCAAGGUAAAGGAAAUGAAUUGCAUAAGGAAUCAUCUCAGGACGUUUUGGCUGCGUGUUUGCAGAGCGAUGCCCUUCCAUUGUGAAGAAACCAGUCCGCGGCGCUGGCCAGGUGGGGCGCCCCUGCUCGUCCACCCUAGGCACAGGCGCCGUCCACAGCUGAGUGUCUGGGCGGCCUUUGCUCAGGUCGUGGGCAUGACACAGCGAUGGCCCCAGGCCUUUGCCACUCUGCCGCCUCCCUCCGGAGCGUCUGGGAGCCGGCCUGCCGUUACGUGGUCCCCGGGGCCACACCAUGUCAGUCAUGGGCCCUUCCGCGCACACGUAUGGGCUCAGCACGCACAUUUUCUCUCUUUGUGGCUGCAUUUUUUAUGUAUAAAGGUUUUCAAACUCUGUUUAAUAAGAUCUAUUUGAUUUUUUCCCUUUAUAUUUUUCUUUGGCUCUUAGAAAGCCUCUUCCUUAAGUCCUUUUCUAUUUCCAUAUUUUAUAUUUCACUCUUAAAUCCUCCGCCUAUUUGGGAUGUGGAAUUGAAGGUGCCUGCAUCAUUCUUCAAUCACUUUCCUCACCAUUUAUAGAUCUGUCUUUCCUGUUGUUGUAGCUCCACAAUUCACGUUGAUAUGUGGUAGGCCCAGGACCACUUUUUAAUAGUUUUUUAAAAGUUGUUGUAUCUGUUUUUCCAGGUGAACCAGGAAUCAUUUUCUCAGAACUUCUUCAUUCCUUCCCUUGAAUAUCUCACUGGGAUUUUGAUUAGAAUUGACUAGUUCAUGAAAUAUUAAGUUCCUUAUAAUGUCUUCACAUCAAAAAAUGUGAUAGAUAACUUCAUUCAAAUCUACCUCUAACCAUCAGAAAAGUUUUACAGCUUUCUUCAUAAAUGUUCUUAUACUUAUUCUUAAGUUCAUUCUGAUUUUGUGGGGUUUGGAAAUUGGGUCUUUCUGUUAGAAGAUAGAUAUAUAGGACCCCUGGUGAUUGUAUGUGUCUCCUCAUGCAUUUAUUUUGUACCCAGUAACGUUACUGAGUUAUUCUAAGGUCUCUAACAGCUUCUCAGUUUAUUGGGUUUUCUAGGUAAACAGUCACAGCAGCUGGAAAUAAAAAGCUUGA